AUGGUCGCCAUCAAGAAUCUUACCAUGGUACUGGUCGGUUUAGCCGGUCUUACCACCGCUAUGGAAAGCGAAACACACCUCGACAAGCGUAUCAAAUGCACUUCCGACAACUGCAGGGUUCCAUCCACUUUCGGCAGCAAGCACAAAGUGGCAGGAACCCUAAGGGCAAGAUACGAAGAUGUGUAUGAACGAGACGAUAUCGACGCCAUUUUGGAAAGGCGCUUCAAAGGAGUUAGCCUUGGAGUUCCUACUGCCUCGAGUCCAAAGUCCUGGCGCCGAGACGAAGGGAAAGUCUCUCUUGGCAAACGUUUCAAGUGCACUUCUAGCCACUGCAAGCUUCCAUCCAAUGGUAACAAAAUCAUAAAGAAGAGAUACCAACCGGAGGCUUCUCUCGACAAGCGUUUUACCUGCACUUCCACUCACUGCAAGAUUCCAUCUAAUGGCAACAAGAUCAUCAAGAAGAGUUAUGAGCCUGAAGUUUCUCUUGGCAAGCGCUUCUCCUGCACUUCCACCCACUGCAAACUUCCAUCCAAUGGAAAUAAGAUCAUAAAGAAACGAUACCAACCGGAGGGGUCUCUCGACAAACGUUUUACGUGCAAUUCCAGUCACUGCAAGCUCCCAUCCAAUGGUAACAAGAUCAUCAAGAAGAGAUAUGAACCCGAGGUUUCUCUCGGCAAACGCAUCGCUUGUCCGUCCGGCAACUGCAGAAUUCCGUCCACCUUCGGGAAAAAGCACAAGUUGGCUGGGGCUGUUGCGAAGAGAUAUGAAGAUUCUAUCUAA